UUGCGGUCUUUGAGUGGAUAGGGAAUUGGAAGGGAGAAGGAAGGAUGGCUGUGUGGGUGAGGAGUGGAGGUUGUGGCGUGAGGCCGCCGCCUUGGCCGCCCGCAGUAGCAAAGAGAGCGCGGAAGAAGGGAUGGGUAGGGGCGGUGUGCUGUUCCUUGCUUUCGAAGGCUGAUGCGCAGCAACAACUGAGCCAGAAUGAUGGAAUUGGGUGCUACCUCUGUAGCGGUAGUGGGUGGUUGAUUUGUGAUUUCUGCCAAGGACAGAAGACAAAUGUGAAGUCCGAGAGUAGCCGUUUCUAUCGUCGCUGCCCAUAUUGUAAAGCUGUUGGAUUAGUUUUGUGUCCAAAAUGCAAAGUUUUCAAGUGCGUUACCUUCCCAGAUUUGAGCGAUGGUCAGCUAUAAUUGGAACAUAUUGUAAAUUUUUUUUUUUUUUCAUUAUUUGUCAUCUCCUUAUUAACCUUAGUUGAGGUACAGUUGCUCUUUGCUUUGUGUAAUUGGUCAGACUUGUUGAAUGAGUCUGAAUUAUUCAAGAGCUUGUCUAAAGUGAAUACUGCAACGUCAUUAUAAUUGAAUUAAAAGAAGUUUACAAAUUUUUUAAUGUAUUUUUUGCUUGCAUGAACUAGCUGUAGUAAAUACAGGAUGUGGCCGGCAGUAAAUUGAUCUAUCAGAACAAUCACGUUCAUACGUGCGCAAUAAAGAAACCAUGGUCAGCUUAGCAGGGUGGACUCUAUUUUAGCCCAGAUGCCAGUACAAGUGUUCACAUUUUGUUUUCAUUGAUAUAGUUAUUUUAAAUCUUAAUCGCCUGAAAUUUGUGAUCAAAAUUGA